AUGGCUCAACAGCAAUUCAUAACAGACGAGUUGAACCAAUUGCAGAAGGAUAUCAUUUCCAAGAACCCUUCUGACAUAUUGCAGUUCUGUGCCAACUACUUCAACACCAAGUUACAAUCACAGAGAUCCCAAUUGUGGUCACAGCAACACAAGGCGAAAGCUGCUGGCAUAAACUUGUUCCCAGACGUGGAAAACGUCAACAUCAACUCUUUCGGAAGCGGCGUCGUUCUUGACAGACAACCUUCGUUCAAGUCUCCUUUUGGCGACAACGAUCCCCACUCUAACCACAAUGACGAUGAUCCACACGGUCCAGGCGCUGCCGGUGCUCCCGAAUCGUCGACCUCCAAUAAGGCUGGCUUAUUCAAGAACAACUUCGAUGUCAGCCACCAAGCCCCCCAAAAACACGACCAUGACGUAGAUCCUAGUGACUCUACAACCACCUCAGGUUCUUCUUUCCCUGGUAAGUCCACCGGUCCAUUUGCCAAAGGUUUAUCCAAGAUUCCAAUUGCAUUCAACGCUAAUAGAAGAACUUCUGUCUCUGCUGAAGCAUUAAAUCCUGACAAGUUCAAGUCUGACUCUUGGAAGCCUCCAACCAACAACCUUACCUCUUCCCAAAGAGCUGACUUGUCAAAAACUUUGGCCUCAAACUUCCUCUUCCAACAAUUGGAUGGUACUUCUAAGAAAACGGUCAUCGAAGCAUUGUCUCCAAAAACCUUUUCCAAGGACACCGAAAUCAUUACUCAAGGAGAUGAAGGUGAUUACUUCUACAUCAUUGAAAAAGGUACUGUUGAUUUCUACGUCAAUGGCUCCAAAGUCAACUCUAGCAAUGAAGGUUCAUCUUUCGGUGAAUUGGCAUUGAUGUACAACUCUCCAAGAGCUGCCACUGCUGUUGCUGCCACCGAUGUCACGUGUUGGGCUUUGGACCGUUUGACCUUCCGUCGUAUUUUAUUGGAGGGCACCUUCAACAGAAGAUUGAUGUACGAGGAUUUCUUGAAGGAUGUGGAAGUGUUGAAAUCAUUAUCGAGCCACGAAAGAUCUAAAUUAGCUGAUGCUUUGAGUACUGAAAUCUACGAGAAGGGUGACAAGAUUGUCACCGAAGGUGAGCAAGGUGAAAACUUUUACUUCAUCGAAAGUGGUAGUUGUCAAGUUUACAACAAUCAAUCUGGUGUGAUCAAACAAUUGACUAAGGGUGACUACUUUGGUGAGAUUGCUUUGUUGAACGACAAGCCUAGACAAGCCACCGUGGAAGCUUUGGACCACGUUAUCGUUGCAACUUUAGGCAAGGCUGGAUUCCAAAGAUUAUUGGGUCCUGCUGUGGAAGUUUUGAAGUCAAAUGAUCCUACUGCUCCAAGAACCCACGAAAAUGCUUCUGCCUCUCAACACCCUACCUCUGUUGCUGCCUCAAAGUGA